AUCUCAAAUGUCAACAUAGCUCACGGCUCAUCUCAGAUCUUUGGACUCGGAUGGAGGCGUGUGGACUCCAGUCUAGAGUCUGGAGGCGAGGCGGGGAUAAUUGCGGAGGCCCAACAAAUCAUGUUGGCAGCCUCAGGCCGCAGGCGUCACCGUCGACAUCCAUCAGCCCACUUAACCGCUAGUCACCAGUCAACUUCCUGUCACGUAUUACAUGUACGGAGUACCAUUGCGCAACAGCCCCUCCACUCACAAUGGCAAGCUCUUUGCAUCAAGAGGCUCUGCAGACCUGUCUCGCCCUGGCCCGCGAAGCCUCCGAAGCAGGCGACUCGCCCUUUGGAUCAUGCCUCGUCAAUGCCCAAGGUGUCAUCAUCAAGACCGACCGCAACCGCACCAGGACAGGUCUCGAUGGCACCGGCGCUCACCCAGACUCGACCCUUCACCCGGAAUUCACUCUCGCGCAAUGGGCCAUGCUUAAUCUGACGGCGGAAGAGCGCGCGUCGACGACGUGCUACACGUCCGGAGAGCAUUGCCCCAUGUGCUCCGCUGCCCAUGCCUGGUGUGGCCUGGGAGACAUUGUCUUCAUCGCAUCAGCGAAACAGUAUGAUCACUGGAUGAGGCUGGCUGGGUUUCCCUUGGGUCCGGUGAAGCCAUUGGGCAUUGGCGAGAUCACCACGCGAAUCAAGUGGCAUGGCCCUGUCGAUAGUUUGGUCGGGGAGAUCAAGGCCAUCCACGAGGCAAGGUGGGCUAAACAGCGAGCUCCAUAGUGAUUAAAGUCCACAGAGAUAUGGAAAUGUGCGGAGCCCUUCGGAUACGACUUUGCAGAGCGUUCGAAGCCAUAGAAGGUCCAUGAUACGUUCA